UCUCCCCUCGCAUACCAACCUUUCUUAUUAUACCUCCGUGAUACAACAGAGGGAGAGGCAGCGGGUGGUUAGAAAACUGCAUGUCCCAGAGAUCGCGGCGGCAACCAAACAUGAAUCCAGGCAAGGGGAACAUGGCAGCGCCGUCAAGCCGGUCAUGUACAGCUCUGGAGCGGUCAAUCCGGGAGCGGGUCCCGACGCUUCUCACGGACCUCUACCAGUUCACCAUGGCAUAUGCCUACUGGCGUUCGGGCAGGCACAACGAGCCCGCCGUUUUCGAACUGUUCUUCCGCGAGAACCCGUUCGGCGGCGGCUUCUCGCUCUUCUCCGGAAUGCACGACUGCCUCCUGUUUCUGCGGAGCUUUCGAUUCACUGACGAAGAUGUGGAGUACCUGCGUUCCGUGCUGCCCCCAGCCACUGACCCCGCCUUCUUUCUGUUUCUACGGGAACUGGACUGUUCCGGUGUCACACUCCACUCUGUCCCCGAGGGAACGGUGGUCUUUGCCAGGGUGCCUCUGAUGGAGGUGUCUGGUCCUCUGGCUGUGGUUCAACUACUGGAGACCAGCCUGUUGUGUCUGGUCAACUACGCCAGUCUGGUAUGCAGUAACGCGGCCCGGUUCCGUCUGGCUGCUGGUUCCAGGAGGAAGCUGUUAGAGAUGGGCCUGAGGAGAGCACAGGGGCCUGACGGGGGCCUCACAGCCUCAAGAUACACACACGUCGGAGGGUUUGAUAUGACCAGUAACGUCCAGGCUGGCUUCCUGUUUGGAAUCCCCGUGGCGGGAACCAUGGCACACUCUUAUGUCACUUCCUUUUCCUCCCUGGAGGAGGUGUGGCCUCAGACGCUAGUGGCAGCAAACGGGGAUCAUGACAACAUCGAUCUGAUCUCGCUGACCAAGGGUUGGCUGGGGCGUGUGUGUGAGCUGCUGGGGGCGGAAUCUGGGAAGAUCCAUGAGGGUGAGCUGGCAGCCUUCUUGUCCUAUGCCAUCGCAUACCCACACAACUUCCUGCCAGUCAUCGACAGCUACAGUGUCACCUGUAGUGGCCUGCUCAACUUCUGUGCCGUGGCCCUGUCUCUGUUUGAGCUGGACUACAGUCCACUGGGCGUGCGUCUAGACAGUGGAGACCUCUGCAGGCAGUCAGUAGAAGUACGCCAUGUCUUCAGACUCUGCAGUGAACAAUUCUCCAUCCCUGCCUUCCAGUCCCUUCUCAUAGUAGGCACCAAUAACAUCUCAGAGUACAGCAUGGCCGAACUCAACAAGAAGGAGAAUGAGAUUGAUGUGGUUGGUGUUGGAACACAUCUGGUCACCUGCACGAGACAGCCUUCACUCGGGUGUGUGUACAAGUUGGUGGAGGUUCGGGGCAGCCCCAGGAUGAAGUUCAGUGAGGACCCAGAAAAGAGUACUGUUCCUGGGAGGAAGGCGGUCUAUAGGAUGCUGGACACGGAGGGCCACCCAUUCUUGGAUCUGUUGUGUUUGUGUGAGGAGCCUGCACCUAAGGCAUGUGUGGAAGUGAGGUGUCAUCCUGUGGUUGGUAACAAGACCUGUCAGUCAAUCACACCUUCUCAGGUUAGCUGUCUACGCCUGGAGGUCUACACUAAAGGACAGAUCACACAGCCACUGUACAGCACAGCUGAGACCAGGGAGAAGGUUCAGAGCUCCAUCCAGACCCUGCACCCCCGACACAAGAGGCUGCAGGAGCCAGAUUCUUACAUAGUGGCCGUGUCUGAGAAGCUCCAUAAUUUAAUUGCUGAGAUCAGAAAAGGCAGCAGCAACAACAGCAAUUUUCUAUUGGCCAACUGAGACACACAGGCUUCAGUCCCAAAUAGCACCCUAUUCCUUAUUUAGCGCACUUCUUUUGACCAGGGCUCUGGUCAAAUGUAAUGCACUAUGUAUGUCAAUAGUAACACACUUAAUAGUGGUAUUAGGUUAUGGUUUAGGACCUAGGGUAGAUUGUGUUACUCUCAGAUAAUAUAAAUGUUAUAUUGACACAAAGACUGACACACGGACUGAUAGACUGAGACACAUGGACUGAUGGACUGACACAAAGACUGACACAUGGACUAUGUCAAACCUCAACCAAAAGCAGUUAAUUUUGAAAUAAUGCUGGCAUUUUGGAAUACAGUUGACUGACAGCUAUGAGUCGUGGUGUAUUUUUCUAGUUUUAGUUUGGUACAAGAGCUUGACAUGCCUUCCUGAAAACCCAGUGAUCUGCACAAACAAGCAAUGUCUGUUAAUAUAUCAGUGUUGGAAUGGGCCUUAACCUGGUUCUACAAUUAGAUAAAUUAACAUUGAGAAUGGUUGCAUAAAUGUCUCUACUACGAGCAAUAUUAAUUGAUAAGCAAUUUUAAGUUUAGAAAGAUUGAAUGUAUCUUUGUAUGUCCCAGCCUUGUCUUGCUAAUUUGGGUUUUUGUGCUUUUCUUUGGAUUACAUUUCCUGAACCAGGCUAUUAUUUACUGUUUGUUUUAAAUAGCCUGGACAUUUUGUAUGAACCAAGCCUUCAAUAUCAUGAUCAAUCUGUACCUGCCUUAACACAUAGUCAAUAUCAUGGUCAAUCUGUACCUGCCUUAAAUUCCCAGGGCGGUCAAUAUAUAUAUAUAUAUUUCAACACUAUGAGAUUGGAAUAAUAUUGUGAAAAUUAUGAUAAUGCUGUUUUAGUGUAAUGAAUUGUCAGCCGGUUUUAGUGUAAGAGCUGUCUGAAAUGUCAGCCGGUUUUAGUGUAAGAGCUGUCUGAAAUGUCAGCCGGUUUUAGUGUAAGAGCUGUCUGAAAUGUCAGCCGGUUUUAGUGUAAGAGCUGUCUGAAAUGUCAGCCGGUUUUAGUGUAAGAGCUGUCUGAAAUGUCAGCCGGUUUUAGUGUAAGAGCUGUCUGAAAUGUCAGCCGGUUUUAGUGUAAGAGCUGUCUGAAAUGUCAGCCGGUUUUAGUGUAAGAGCUGUCUGAAAUGUCAGCCGGUUUUAGUGUAAGAGCUGUCUGAAAUGUCAGCCGGUUUUAGUGUAAGAGCUGUCUGAAAUGUCAGCCGGUUUUAGAGGGAUGGAGUUUUGGCCUGCCUGGUGACAACACCAGGCAGUAUAAGUUAAUAGACCAAUAGCAAAGAGCGUUUCAAACCUCUCUGCCAAUAACAGCUAGUCUUCAGGUUACAUAUCCCACCCAUUAGGCUCGUCCAAUUUGGCCCUCUACUUAGACCACUCCCAGACAGUCCUAGCUAAAUUCUAGCUUUAACACGUAGCCAUAAAACCAUACAGUAUUGAGAAUCCAGGUAGAAUUUCACCACUACGUCCUUUUCAGAUCUGUUAAAAUGGUACACUAAUGUUUCUAGAAUGACAAGACUAGUAAAACUGAUGUUGUACCGUCCAACCAGGCUGCUAUCUAAUGAACUAUUGUCAAAUACACACACUAGCCUACACAGUUCAGGCAAUCUGGACAAUGUUGUUCAAACAUUGCCAUGGUGUUUGCCUGCCAAUAUUAUGUCCUCUAAUAUAAACUGAUUAGGUGUGUUGUUUUAAGUAGAAGUAUUAGUCUACUAAAUAUAGUGACACAUAUGUGAUAUCUGUGCAAAAUGUGAAUGUCUGUUUGUAUGACAACAUUGUAAUGCUAAGAUGCGUUGUUUUCAAUGGGUGUUUUAUUAAAUAAAAUCUGACAAUGUAUAUGUUGUUGUAGACUAACUUGAGGUCCAAGAACAGAUUGCCUGAAAAGAGACUGAACAAAAUUAUGAACACAUCAUGUAAAGAGUUGGUCCCAUGUUUGAUGAGCUGAAAUUAAAGAUACAAGACAUUUUAAAUUUGUACAAAAAGCAUAUUUCUCUCAAUUUGUGCAGUUUUGCCACAACACAAUGCCACAGAUGUCUUAAGUUUUGAGGAAGCGUGCAAUUGGCAUGCUGACUGCAGGAAUGUCCUCUAGAGCUUUUGCCAGAGAAUUUAAUGUUAAUUUCUCUACCAUAAGCCACCUCCAACAUUGUUUUAGAGAAUUUGGCAGUAUGUCAAAUCAGUCUCACAAUCGCAGACCUCGUAACCACGCCAGCCCAGUACCUCCACAUCCGGCUUCUUCACCUGCACGUUCACCUUCGACCAGCCACCCGGACAGCUGAUGAAACUGAGGAGUAUUUCUGUCUGUCAUAAAGCCCCUUUGUGGGAAAAACAAAUUCUGAUUGUUUGGGCCUGCUCCCUAGUGGGUGGGCUUGGCUCCCAAAUGGGUGGCCUAUGCGCUCCCAGGCCUGCUCAAGACUGCACCCCUGCCCAGUUAUGAAAUCCAUUAAUUUGGGCAUAAUGCAUUUUUUUUAAUUGACUGAUUUCCUUAUAAACUGUAACUCAAUAAAAUCUUUGAAAUUGUU